AUGUGUCUCACGCGCCGCUUCCGCUCGGGCGACUGGGGAGGCGACCAAGGGGGUACCUCCGCUGCCCGCCGGAACCGCGCCGCCGCUCGCACCCAGGGUGGGUGCCUGUCCGGCCGGAGGCAGCGCGCUGCGCCAGGGAACAGGUUCUCUCCGCUCGCUGGCCGCUGCUCCGACGUCGACGACUCCGACGAGUCUGACCCUCCCUCCCCGUCCGCGGUUCCCACCACCGUCCCCUCUCCUGCGCCGAUCUGCUUCGGCGCCUUCCUCCCCCCGGCGUUCGCUCCUGAGGAACUCCUCCGCCAGCCACCGGUGGUCCGCCUUCCGGAGCAGGGGCUCCGGUCGUCGCGGUCGCCCACCUCGCCGGCCCUCGACGGAGAGGAGUUCCCACCCCUGCCUCGGGUGGCUUGGGGAGAGAAACCGCAGGGUGCCCCUUCCUCCACGGCAGCCCCGUCUUCCUCGACAACACCUGCAGAUCCGCCGGUCACCUGCGUGGUACAGGUUGGCUCGGUGCCGGUCCGUCUGCCGGCGGCGGCGCCGCCGCCUCAGGGGAGCGGCGGUGUCUCUCCGCUAGGGUUCGCCUCCGCUCACGGUUCCUGGGCCGUGACCCAAACAGUCCUUCGUGGGCCGGCCCACGUUGAUGGCCCGCUCCUGCUUCCACAGCCCAACGCGGGGCGGGAGCCGUUGGAUGCGCGCCAGCUGUCCCAGGGGCAAAGUGGGACGGUCGCGAUGGCCCUGGAGGGGACGGCGCCCCCUUCGGACAGUUUGGCACCUCCACCGCCUGCUUAUAAGUGGCUUUGGCUUCCCCCUCGAACCCUAGAUCCACUUUUAGGGUUCCCUGCGUCUCCUUGCGAUAUCCGCCGCAACAGAUCUAGAGCCAAGCGCCUCCUUCUUCGCUCCGACCCCGCCUCCGGCGCCACCCUCCCACUCCUCUCCGCCAUGGAUCGUGACCGCGACCGCUCUUAUCGGGGCAAGAGGCAACUACAACUACUCCCGUAA